GGAUAACCUGUCCUUGUCGGUUGCGCAUCGGUUGCGCAGCUUCGAAGGGGGUACGCAGUGCGGGGUGCGUGCGGGCAUGCGCGCGGCUGCCCACAGCGAGCGAGGCAAGGGAUCGCCUCCCCCCUCGAUAGACCGGACUCUCGCCGGCAAUGUGAACGCACGUCCUCGUGCUGCCGCUGGGCCUCGCCCGGCCGCGCACGCGGCCGCCGCGCGCGCCAGGCCGGCUUCGCCCCGCCCCUCGCCGUGCACUCCGCGCGGGCCUUCGCGGAGGGCGCCGCGUCCCCGCCCGGCGUCGACCUGUGCGUCUCGCCGCUGGACCGCCUGCUGCUCCUGGACGCGCAGCCCCUCUUCUGCUGCGAGAGCGACCCGGACAUGGAGCUGAAGUCACGUCCUGAUGAUCAUCGAUGCGAGCAGGACCUUGUGGGCGACGACUGCCAAGUCCGAGCGCCAGGGCAACCGAGGUCCGAACUCUACCUGCUCAUCUUCUUGACCUCGGUCUGCCACACACUCCUGGUCGUCAUGGACACGCCGUUUGACCUGCAGCUCAUGCGGUUCCUGCGGCUGCUGGCGGCCCUGAAGGCGAAGGUCCCCGAUCUGGCCGCGUGGGCGGAGCGGCGAGCCGACGGCGGCGCGGAGCGGCCCCCCGCGCCAGAGGCGUCCUCCUCGCUGCCCCGGCUCCUGGUCGCCUUCAACCACGCGGGCCCGAACGUGGAGGAGGCGGCGCUCUUCCGGCCCGCCCGCGCCUUCCUGCAGCGCACGGCCUGGAAGGACGCGCCGUCGGUGCAGUUCGCGCGCAUCCCGACGCUGCCCGGCGGGAACCUCGCGGAGAUGCUGACGAGCGACGAGGCGCACCGCGCGGGCCUGCGCCUCCGCGCCGCGCUGCUCUCCGACGGGCCCGCGCGCGGGCGCUUCGGCAGGGGUAAGCUGCAGCUGUCCGAGCGGGAGUGGCUCCGCCACGCGGGUGCCUAUUGGGAGUUCGUGCAGCAGCAGGCGACGCCCGUGGAGGACUUCUUCAACAUGCUCGCCAAGGGGCUGGAGAGCUACGGCUGGCCCGAGUAGCGGCCCGACCCUGGCUUCGCCCGCCGGCCACGAGGACGCCCGGCGAGCGCGAGCGCGCGCCCGACCGCAUCCGCCCGCAGGAGGCCGAGGCGAGCACGGAGCACGCCGCCCGCGGGGCGGAGCAGCAGGCGCGGAGGCGCCCCGCGGGCCGGCGCGGGCGCCCCUUGCCGGAGGCGCGCGCUCUCCGAAGCCGCCCUCGCGGCGGGCGUGCCCGCGGG